AUGCCCGGCUUUCAAACAGUAAUAUCAUUAUAUUUGCAUCUGCCAAUUGUUUGCAGGAUUGGAGUUCUGUGUGCGUAUGCAGCCAACCAGAACCUGAGCUCUCAGGUGAAGAACAUACGCCGGCUGGUUAACAGCAACAUGAGGGACCUGCACACCUUUGCUAAUGACACACCGAUGCAAAUUGAUUACCUGAUAUCCCAAUACGCCACCGUCAAGAACAAAGUCAACUAUGACCUAGAUAACAUAGGUCCAUUACUCGGGGGAAGGAUCCAUGUACGGUUGGAAAAAGAGGUCCAUCCUGCUUUAAACCAAGUGCUUAAUAUGGCUGGAGUGAAAAUCCAGAGAGCCAUCAAAGCCAUGAGGGAAACCAAGGAGGCCCUGGAGAACGUCAGCGUGUCUCUAGUGGUCUUACAGGAAGGAACCGGAAAACUUCAUUUCAACCUGAGCCAAGUCCGUGACAGCAUCAACCGCACCCUCGAUGACCCCGGCUGCCAUGACGAGGAAUCGGACGCCACCACGGCCCAGCUCUGCCACAGCAUCCGCCAGUCCCUGUCCCAGCUGCAGAUGAGUGCAAACUUCACCCGGCUUCCUAAUGUGAACCCUCAGCUGGAAAAGAUGAAAAAUGUAGUGAAAACAGAUCUCAGCUCUGUCGUCCACAGGGGUUUUUCCUCUUUGAAUGACACACCGCACAUUGUGAUUGAACAGACAAGAACCGUUGUCAACAGUGUCCAGAAUUUAGUGGACAGUGUCGGCAACAACAUCAGCAGCUUCUCCAGAGCUUUCCCAUUGCAGACCUGCCUGUCUAACUUCACCAUCUUCAUCAGCCAUGCGCACGCCAAAAUCGAAGACUACUAUCCUGAAAUUGACAAAAUGGACUUCUACAGAUGGAUCGGCUGCAUCGCUCUGUGCUGCAUGGUGGUUCUGGUCUUGGCCUUUAACUAUUUGGGCCUUCUGUGCGGCACCCUGGGAUACGACAAGCAUGCCUCACCGACGACACGAGGAUGUAUCUCCAAUACAGGAGGAACACUGCUGAUGGCCGGUGUUGGGUUUAGCUUCAUUUUCUCCUGGAUGCUUAUGGGAGUGUUGACCACCAUCUUUCUGGCAGGAGGAAACAUGGAGAAACUUCUCUGUGAGCCAUUUCACACCAAAGAACUCUUCAAGGUCGUUGACACCCCAUACUUGAUCAACCCAGAGUGGAAGAAUUUCAUUCCAGGCUACAUGUACAAUGACUCUGAAUUGGAGCUGACAUCGGAAAGCUUAUACAGUACUUGCAAACAGAACAAAGGCAUCUACUCUGCCCUGCGUCUGGAUAAAGUCUUCAACAUCUCCUCAUUCCUGAACACCACAGUGUUCACUAAGGAUGUGGUGCAUCAGCUGGAGAACUUUCGGAUUGACCUGAGAGCGAUAAUCCUGUUAGAGGCAGAGGGGAAGCAGAACCUCCUAGAUUUCUCUGAAGCUGGCCUUUCAGAGAUCAACUACGCCGACUACCUUGACGAGGUGAAUAAAGGAGUCACUGUGGUGGAUGUUCUCUCAUUCGCCAAAGAGCUGGAGUCCCAGACAGACCUGAUGCCCAGGGGACCUCUGCAGACAGCUCUGAAAGGCCAUGUGGCCACUCUGCAGCGGAUCCACAGACAACAGAUCGCUCCAAUGGAGCAGGCCAUGAAAUAUGUUAGAGCAAGGAGUGCAUUGAACCAGAGUAUGAGGUUUCUGGAGAGGACAGCUUCUGACCUCCCGAACAAAGUCACAGAUGUUCUUGAGGCCAUUGAAGCUGCUCAGCAUCUCAUAUCCCAUAAUGCAACACUUUUAAUCAACCAGGAAACAAGAAAAUACUCAGCAACCAUUAUUGGCUAUUUCAAUCAGUACAUAGAAUGGGUCAAAACAUCAUUGGCUUUGGAGGUUGCACCAUGCAAGCCCUUCAGCAACAUCUUGGAUACGGCGCAGAUCAUGACCUGCAGUUUUCUGGUGGAUUCUAUGAACACUUUCUGGAUGGGUCUGGGCUGCAGCACAUUAUUCCUGCUCCCAAGCGUAAUACUAGCUGUGAAACUAGCCAAGUACUACCGCAGGAUGGACACAGAGGAUGUUUAUGAUGACGUUGAGACAAUUCCCAUGAAAAAUAUGGAAAUUGGUAAUAAUGGUUAUCAUAGUGAGAGUUCACAAGGUAUUCCUAAUCCUAUGAUGACAAGUGCCCUUGACAACUGGAACUAAACGUCAUGCUCACUUGAGGAAUCUCAACAUACGCUGGUUUCUUCACUUCAAAAGAAGAAUACGGGACAUCCGGCUUGUUCAAUGAUGCAGACCAAAUUCUCCAGUUUGGUUUCUGCCGGCAGGACGCCAACCUUAUCAGCCCUCAGCAUCAAUCUGAGCCAGGUUUCAUCUACAUUUUCCAGGACUGCUGUGUCUGUGUUUACAUUAGUUUGGACACAAAACCAAGCUGAAAAAGCCCUUGAGAGGACAUAACAUUGACUGUUGUGUUUGCUCGUUUUUAUGAACUUUGUGCUCAAGAAAAGAGAAGCUGGAGAAAGUUAUAUUUUCUUCCUGCAGUUAAAAAGGGUGUUGCACUUUCAAAGUGAGUGUCAAAAGGCAGGUUUCAUAAAGAUCUGAUUGUUUUGUUGAAAAAAAGCAUCCUUUUUAACUGAGGCUCAAGUGAGCUCAUGGAUGUGGGAUAUUUUACCUGUUGAGAAAAUUUUUGUGUGAACAGUGGCAUAACGACUUGUGGAGAGCAUUUGUAAGAAAAUGAAGCAUGACUUUUUUUAAAGCUGUUUACAAUAUUUCCAGACAUGUUGGUUUUGUUGAUUUUAGGUGGCUAUGGCUCAAUUUCCCUCUUUGACAAUUCAUAACCUCAUUCAAAUUUUCCCAUUUUAUCCCCAAAUUCUUCAGUUUCUUACCUGUAAAACACACUACUUGUAUCCUUUUGUUCAAAUCUCAGGAAUAGUUCAAUAACAAAGAUAAAAUUUUAUUUCUUAAAAAAAUUGUAUUGCACCCUUUUUUCAUUGGUUUUGACUCUGAUAUCUGUUUGGACCUGUCCCAUUGGAGUCACAUGACAAAAACCAUUUCUUACAGUAGAAGCAAAAUACCAAAAAUGACUUUAGCUCAUCGGUCAAAUUAGAUAUGAAAUGUCCCCUUACUGAAGUUUGGUAUGCAACUUCCAAUGACAGAUGUUGCAUACCAACAGUUGUUGUUGUUGGUAUACAACAACUAUUCAGCGUGAAAAAGUCAAUACUGGAAAAGUAUGAAAUGGCAAAGGGGCAACGUGACCCAUCGAUAUGUGAGAAACACUGAAGAGGUCUGUCUGCCUUUGAGAUAUUUUACCAUGACGACAUUACAGUUAAAAAAGGCCAUAUUACUAUGUUAAAUAUAAACAAUCUAGGGGCUGACAUCAUUAAAAUGCCCUUCCUGUACCAUUUAAACUUGUGUCAGGUGUUAACAUUUAGCAUUUAUUUGUAAUUCAGAUUGGUGCGUUGUUCUAAAUCGAUUCUUCACUUGGAGUUUUAAAGACCAAAUCUCAGAAUUAUUUUGAAUAGUGGGUUUAGAAAAAAACACUAAUUCUUGAAGCAAGGGGCAGAUAUGACCUGUUAUCUUCCUUUGUUAUGGUAAGAAAGGCCCAUCACAACCACACUGUAACUCCAAAUGACAAAUUCUUACCAAAUGCAUAGCAGAUGUGUUUUGGUUGAACUUUAAAUAAUACAGUACAGUUGGAGAAAAAUAGUAAAAACAACAUCUACUUCUAUUUCCUCUAUGUACCACAUGCGUUUAUUUUCAGGUCUUUCCUGCUUUAUGGUCCUCAUAAUUUUAAAGUGGAAAGUUAACUCUCAAGCCAAAUUCCAUAUUUUUAAGUAGUUUUUCUGUGGCACUCUUUUUGCCUGCUUUUUUAGUUAAACAGUACUUCUGAAUACAUGGAACUUUUUAAUGUGUUCAUUCAUUAAUCAUUAUUAUAUGUAGAGGUUGAGUGAGAAAUAUGCUGAUAUUGUUACAUCAGGGAGGCCAAUCAACAUAUCCUAUUUCUCAUAUUUCUAUACAGAUGCUUUCUCCAGUGAGAGCUUAGACAAUCCAUUUAUGGGACAAAUGAGCACCAUCAAUCAGAUUGUUGAAAAGAAGUAUUUUUCAUGGUUUACACACAUCUGGUUUAUGUGGACUAUGAAAAAAGCAAUACCUGCCUUAACAACCAAAAUUUGGACUUUGUUUGUCACUGUAAAUGCACAAUAACUAUCAAAAUUUACCAGGUAGUAGAUUAUAUAAUAUGCAUAUAUGAAGACUAACAAAAGUCAGUUUUUAUGUGAAUCAAAAAAAAAAAAAUCAGAUUUUUUUAACUGUAAUGGUAAAAACUGGUCUAAAUUUAAUACUUUAUCCAUAAUUUUUAUAUUACAUUUGUUUUAUACGCCAACACAUCCGUUUUAGAUCCAAGUUUGCUAUUGUUUUUAAAAGACAAAGCCCAUGAGCUUGAAUAAAAACAAACAAAAACAAUGUGUCAGUUAAGAAGUCACUAAAGAGAGUGCUAACAUUUAACAACUUCUAAUUAGGUUACCAUAACAAGGAUUAAAAAUUAACCCAUUUUUGUAGAUUUUGUGCACAUCUGACUUUUAUAAAGCCAAUAACUGUAAUUUGCAGUAGAAGUACUGAAAAUAUGUACCAACAGUUUACAAGUUAUGCUCUGCUACACUGACUUUAGACACUAUUUUCAUUAAUUUUAUUUCUCCAAAGGAAACACUGACUGCCAUGUUAAGAUGUCCCAGCUGUGCUUUUCCAUAAUGUGAACUUAUUGGCUCUGUCUCUUCCCAGCGCUCUCUUUUUUUGCUUGCUUCAGUUACAAACUUAGUUUUCCUCAAGGUGGACAUUUUUAGAUGAUCAGUGUGCUCAUGCUGACUAUCACAGUUUUACUCCUUGCUGGAGUCUGGUAAUGCAUUUAUGGGGACAAAUUCACAACUUAAGUGCUUAAACUAGUUAUAUAUGGUAGCUUUGGGUUGAUCAGAUGAAUGGGUUGCUGGUUUGAAAUGUGAUGCUGAACAGCUGGGCGAUGAUGGAUCCAGGAAGAUGUUUGUUUUUUAUGUGGAUAUGACAAAAGUGUAUAAAUUGUGAAUAAACUCUCCAUUUCAAGUUA